AUGGGCCACACGAAGAAAGGGGACGGCGACGAGCUGAAGUGUGACGAUAAGAUUGUUUUCGUCAUGGAUUCACUCAAAAGCGGUGCGAAGAAGCGCAAGAUUUCCAAGGCCCGCCCGCUCACCUUCGGUGCAUACAUGGAUGCCGCCAAAAUCCGUGCUCUCCGCCCUCCAUUCCACGUGACAUGGCGUAUGAGGCUCACUCAUCAUCGAGUUCUCUCGCCUGUGAGGCCUGUGCUACUCCAUGGCCAAGAGGUGCAAGUCACACCGGGUGUGCUCCGACUUUUCUGA